ACAACGCUGUAAAUGUUAUCGAAAAGAUGAGAACGCAUAAACAAUAGAAAUAAAUAUUAUUGAAAAUAAAGGCAAUGAAAAGAAAUAAUCAUUGUUUUUUGUUGGAGCGUGCGAGCUAAACUAUAUAAAACUUCCGCAUUGUUCGAUUUAAGAAACAAUUCCUGCAUACAAAUUCAAGGACGACAAGUGGCUGCCACCAAAAUCAAGAGUAAUCGAUAAAAUUCCAAGUUCUAUGUAAUAAGGAAUUGGCUAUUGUACACAAUUAAAUUCUAAAGUGCAAUUAGAAUAUAAUACCAGUUAAUUAUGGCAACCGAUGAGGAAUUGCCCGACAAAUUGAACAAACUUCAAAUUGCUCCAGUUCUGCCACAGGCCAAACUAACAGCAAACAACACUCCCUUAGCCCUCAAUCCAUUCUUCGGUGUAAGUGGUGAUUUUGCAAAGUCGACCAAAGCAACAAAUGAAAACGACGACGAAGGCAAGCAUCGCAAAUCGCUGUGGAUGCCAUCAAGAAGUGUAAGUUGUCAUAGAUGUCGGUUUAGGCGUGCCUCAGAAAGUAGUGUCCUAGAUGAACUGAAACAUAUACCAUCUUCUAAUACUAACUUGAUGGGAUGUCCUCGUCUAUCACUUCUGAAUAGUGGGGUGUUGAAGCAAUCACUUAAGAAAGGCGUAGCAUCAGCAGCUAGUUCGGGCAGUCGCAAAAUACUACUGAGAGAACCGGUUCUAAAGGCGUUAUCUUUUUGUUUGCAUCCCCAAAGCAGUGCAAGGAGAAAACUUACGUCUUCUAAAAAUGGAGAAGAUGGAUUUGAAUUAUGCAACCCAAACAAUGAAAGGCUCCCUUUAACCACGAAGGGUAUGAGCGAUUUCCGUGAUUUAAUUGAUGAAUGCCACAAUCUCUUGAAAGAAGAUGUUCAAUUUAGCAGUCGCCCGGACCUUAUUAGUAUGCCCAACAGGAACUCAAAGACUUUCACCAAAAUGCAAUCACAAACCUGCAGUAGUAAACAGCGCCACCGAACCAAUUCGAAACCAAAGGCACUGGAUAGUUCUGUAACGGAAGACCGUAUUGGGGGCUGUGUCAGUGACUCAGUUACAGACAAUAGUCAUAAUUUUAAUGCGUUGGCACAGCCUCCUCUAAAUGUGCAACGCAGCGGUUACGCUGAACAACGAUGUAGCACAACUUGUUCACAGCAGGCUGCUGGAAACAGUGCAGUAGCGCCCUCUGACGAUAUCACUAUUACUGAGUUGGCCAGUUAUUUUGAUACAUUUGUUCACAUCCCAAAAAAGAUGUCGUCGAUGGCCGAAAUGAUGUACAUAUAGGAAGAAGGAAACUUUUUUAAACCAUUCAUAUUAGUAGUUUUAUGCAAGUUCCCAAAUGAGCAGAACAAAGAAAAUGAUCGAUUCUUCAUUUGUUUCCACCAUGGAAAAUAAACAAAUAAAUUGUAGGUUCAAUAUGUGUGUACCUAACGCCAAUAUCCUUAUUUCGUAUGCAUAUACAUAUAAUUUUAAUCUUUUUUUUUAUAAUGAAUAAUAAUUUCAAUAUAGCUACAAUCAUAUACACUCGUACCAUCUUGAACAAAAAGUGGAUAAUGGAUUACAAAUUUACAUUUCAAAUGCUGUGUAUGUUUUUAACUUUUUAGAAUGGAUGGAUUUAUUCUCUAAUAAAUGUACUCGUAAAACACUAA